AAGAGGGGCGGGCCUGUGACGUCAGCGCCUUUUCACUCUCGCGGAGGAGGUAUAUAAGCUGCGUUCAAACUCUCCGUUUGAUAGAAUCCACAUCUGAACAAGGAUAUAUUUAUACAUUUAUACAAAAACAUUUGGAUACACCAGAAGAGAAACGCUCGCUUUUAUCAUCAGUUUAACAACUGAAUUUGAUAAACAAGUACUACAUUUUCUAAAUUUCAUCGUCAUCCGGAAAAAAGUCAGAACAGGCGAACCAGAUAACACACCGCUUUCAAUCGGUGUGUUCAAGAACUGCUCACUUACUACACUUUUUAUGUAUUUGGAUUUAACUUUUUUUGGCCGACGUCCUACUAUGGUCAUAAUGGAGGUCCCCAGCAUCCACUGUGAGUGUCUACGCGACUUGCUGGAGGGCAACGACUCCGGCUGCCUGGUCCUGGACUGCAGAUCGUUCUUCUCAUUCAACUCGUCGCACAUACCCGGCUCGUCCAACGUCCGCUUUAGCACCAUUGUGCGCCGGAGAGCCCGUGGUGGUCUGGGACUGGAGCACAUCGUCCCCAACGAGGACACACGCAACCGGCUUGUCUCUGGAGAGUACGACUCGGUGGUGUUCCUCGACGAUCGCAGUUUGGACUUCAGCCAAGUAAAGAAAGACGGGACCCUGAUGCUGGCUGUGGCCGCCCUGUGCCGUGACCCCUGUGGCGCCAGUGUGUUCAUGCUUAAAGGUGGCUUUGAAACGUUUUCCUCUGAGUACCCGGAGAUGUGCUCCAAGCCUUCACUACCCCAUGGUCUCAGUCUGCCACUGAGUGCCACCCAGCCCCAAAGCGCAGACCCUGGCUGCAGUCCGUGCAGCACGCCUCUUUAUGACCAGGGUGGUCCAGUGGAGAUAUUGCCCUUCCUGUACCUUGGCAGCGCGUACCAUGCCUCUAGGAAAGACAUGCUGGACAUGCUGGGUAUUAGCGCUCUCAUCAACGUCUCGGCCAACUGUCCCAACCACUUCGAAGACUCCUUCCAGUACAAGAGCAUCCCCGUCGAGGACAACCACAAAGCCGACAUCAGUUCCUGGUUCAACGAGGCCAUCGAGUUUAUCGACUCUGUGAAGAAGAGCAACGGACGCGUGUUCGUCCACUGCCAGGCAGGCAUCUCCCGCUCGGCCACCAUCUGCCUAGCCUACCUCAUGCGCACCAACCGGGUCAAGCUGGACGAGGCCUUUGAGUUUGUCAAGCAGCGGAGAAGCAUCAUCUCCCCCAACUUCAGCUUCAUGGGUCAGCUGCUGCAGUUCGAGUCCCAGGUCCUGGCGUCGUCCACCUGUUCCUCAGAGGCCAGCAGCCCGGCCAUCGGCAAGGGCAGCACGGUGUUCAACUUCCCCGUGUCCAUUCCCGUGCACUCGUCGGCCAGCCAGCUCUCCUUCCUCCACAGCCCCAUCACCACCUCGCCAAGCUGCUGAGACCCCAAAACUCUGCCUUCUGCGCCCCCUCUAUUGACUCUCUAGCUCUGAGGGCUACAGGGGUCGUAAUGUAAAACCACCGUGGUGGUAUCGCUGGACUCUGAGAGUUUCCAAGUUGGUGCCCCGUUGGCUGUUUUCUCUGGACAUUGACCGUAGAGCCAAAUGUCCCACUAUUUCAAGUUAAAGCUACCAUUUGGCAGUAUUUUGUUCAUCCUGUGAGCUUGUAAACGUUACCCAUAGCUGUGCAAAUAUUGAGCAAUAUAGGUCAAUUGGCAUGGUUGAAUGAUACAAUUGAGAGUAUUCCUGUAUAGGAAGCGGAUACAAUUAUUUCAUUAGUCUUUUUUUUAUUCAAAGAAGUAAGGUGGAUCGCUUUUUGAUAAUCAUUUCUAUUCUUCGUACAGAAUGGCAAAGCUAGAUUCACUAUUGACUCAGGAAUGUUUAAUAUGUUGUGAUUUGCUUUUUGUGCUUCCUGUGCUGGUUAAAGGAAGCAUUAUAUAAGAAAGAAAAUGGCCAAACUACAGAUGCCUAUUUGGAAGUCACUCCUCCAUUUGAAUGUAUCUCCAUUACUUUAACAGUUCAGGUUGAAAGUGUUGCCAAUUGACAUGUAAAAAAUGGACAUUGUAGACAUAAUGAAACCCUGACGAUCCUCACACUUGGGAGGAAGUAACCGUUGAUUACCUCAUGUUUCUUUACUGUGUACAACAGCUCUGGGACAAAGACUUACCCCCUCCCAAACAUUACCACAGUGGGGCCACAAUAAUACCCACUGUGAUUUUGACUUAUUUAUUGAAGUAAAGUAAUAUAUUUCUCUAUCAUAUCUAUUUUUGCAUAUGUUUGUUAAGUGUUUUGAUACUAUUGAAUAAAUACCAAUUUGCCUUUUUCUA